CAAUUUUUUAACCUUUCUUUGAAUUUCUUUUCAACACUGGCAUAAGUGGCUAUGCAUAUAGAAACUGAGUGAAACAGAUUUAAAACAGAGGAAAACAGAGUGAAAAAAAACAGAGGAGAAACAGAGUGUUUUGCCCCCAUAUGCUUAUGAAGAGUGGGAAUUGCGGGAUCUGUCAACCUGGGAAAGCCGGGAGAGUUCUUCUUGGAAGGUAUCUUCGAUUGCAUCCAUGAAAUCACCGUGGCCUUAUCUUUCUUUUCCGAUAGGAUGACUGAUUCCGCUUACAAAGUCGACACGACGCCGCGACUCGCUCAAUGGAGGAUCGAGAAUUUGGCGUCCUGCACAUACCGAAAAUCCGAUCCUUUCAAGAUUGGGAAGUGGAACUGGCAUUUAUCUGUGGAGAAGAAUAAGGUGUUGUUUGUUAAGCUUUAUCCAGAGGUAUCAAAUUUAACUAGGGAUAAUCCGCCGAUCGCCUCGUUCAUCGUUCGAGUCGUCUGUUCCGCCGGCGAUCGGAAGUCCUUCACUCAUCCAGAAAUCAAAGACAAACAGCUCAAGAACAACGACGAUUUCAUUUGGGCAAUUGACGUCCCAUUAACUGGAAAAUUCAUUAUUGACGUUGAAUUUCUUGAUUUAAAAAUUGCAUCUCCUUGUGGCGGCGAACCUUGCUCCAUUUGGGCUGACGGGUUCACGCAGAAACAAUCAAAUGUGACGGCUCUAACAUCGUUGGGACGAAUGUUGACCGAAGGCAUCCACACUGACAUCAUAAUCCACGCUUCCAACGGGAGCAUUGGUGCGCAUCGCGCUAUUCUCGCGGCGAGAUCUCCGGUUUUUCACAGCAUGUUCUCGCAUGAACUCAAAGAGAAGGAAAUGUCCACUAUAAAUAUAUGUGACAUGUCAAUAGAGUCAUGUCAAGCCUUUCUCCAUUACAUCUAUGGAAACAUCCAACAUGAAGAAUUCUUAGCACAUAGGCUAGCCCUUCUUGGUGCCGCGGAUAAGUAUGACAUCGGGGACCUAAAAGAAGCGUGCCACGAUAGCCUUCUAGAAGACAUUGACGCAAGAAAUGUGCUUGAUAGGCUCCAAAAUGCAUCUCUCUAUAACUUGCCAAAACUUAAGACUAGUUGCAUGAGGUACCUUGUGAAGUUCGGCAAGAUAUUCGAUAUCCGCGAAGAUUUCAACGCCUUCUUGCUAUCGGCGGAUAGGGAGCUGAUAGCGGAAAUCUUCCAUGAAGUAUUGAGUGCAUGGAAAGGUUUCUGAAACUGAUCUUUGCUUGCAAAAGAAGGAAAGUAUUAAAAAUAUGUGAAAAGCUUGUGGUAUUUUUUUAUAUCAUAGUCCAUAAAGAUGGAUUCUCAGAAGAAUUUUAGCAUGAAGGAUUUGUUGAUCAAGAAGAUGAUUCUUUUGUGCAUAUUGGAUUGAUUUUUAGGUAUUGAUCUUGUUAUUUGUAAAUAUAUUGGUUUGUAUCGCAUAGAUAUUGUAACUUUGUCACAAAACAUUACACAUUCUUAAAUUAUGAAGAUUGGAUAUUAUUUAUUUCA